AUGGAUACAUCUGCCGCUAGUACCUCUGCCCACAAUCAGCAUCACCCAUCGUUUGCACCCACUGGUACCAUUGAAGUGCCUGUUUUCUAUCCGACUAUCGAAGAAAUGCGCGAUUUUCCGACACUAAUCAAUAAAAUUGAACAACAACACCGUGCUCAUCUGGUUUGCGGCAUUGCAAAGAUCGUACCUCCGCCGGAAUUCUAUGCAAGGAAAUCAGGCGACUAUUCUGACGUCGACAAUUAUGUCAUCGAUCAGCCAGUUAAAGAAAAAAUAGAAGGGAAUGCUGGAGUAUAUACUAAAACAAAUAGGUUAUAUCGAAGAUCAAUUACUGUACAAGAAUUUCGAGCACUUGCAAAGAAAUCACCUUUUCCAAAGGGUGAUUUACCACCGCAGGAGAUUGAAAAAUAUUAUUGGAAACAUGUGUUACAAGGGGAACCGGUUUAUGGUGCUGAUUCACCGGGGACUAUAUGUGAUGAAAAUCUUAGAGAAUUCAAUAUGAAUCGUUUGGGCACGGUUCUUGAUAUGCUAGAUAGCAGUGGAAAUUAUUUCCGGAAUGCUGAGCUGAUAUGCAACUUAUCGAAACCAUACAAAAGCAGUCACCCAGUCAGUGUCAAAAUCAAAGGAGUGAAUACGGUUUAUUUGUAUUUCGGCAUGUGGAAAACAACAUUUCCAUGGCAUCCCGAAGACAUGGAUCUUUAUUCCAUCAAUUAUGUUCAUUUUGGUAAACCAAAGUUCUGGUAUGCUAUAGCUACGGAUUCGUUGAGUCGUUUUGAACGUUUCGCUGCGCAGUGUUUCCCAUCCGCAGCAAAAACAUGUAAAUCAUUUCUACGCCACAAAACAUUCAUGAUCUCUCCACAUGUAUUACGAAAAAACAAUAUCAGAUACGGAACAAUGGUUCAGUAUGCAAAUGAAUUCAUAAUUACAUUUCCACGAGGAUACCACAUGGGUUUUAAUAUUGGCUAUAAUUGUGCAGAGUCAACAAAUUUUGGAUCCGAUCGAUGGAUUGAUUUUGGCAAGAAUGCUUUGGUGUGUGGCUGCCGUUCAGACAGUGUUGAAAUUGAUAUGCGACCAUUUAUGAAGACAUAUCGAGCUGCUGAAUAUGAUGAGUGGUACCAGUAUUGGUACGGAGAACGACUUGCCAAAGAAAGAAAAAGAGUGACAAGCUCAAAACGUCAACCAGUAUAUGAUGAGAAAGCAGUAGAAAGGAAGAAGCGUCGAAAAACUCAGAAAAGUGGUGGUGCACGUGGGCCGCAUGUUGAAGAAGGUAUCCGUACAGGAAGUUCUGGAUUUAAUGGUGAUAUGAAUGGUUACCAGCAGGAGGUGUCAGCAGUGGCUUCAAAUAUGAUUGUAAACAACAAAUGGAAAAAGGAGGUCCGAGAUUUAUGGUCAAAUCUACCCGGAAGCCUCUACGCUGAAAAGGAGUUUAAUAUUCGUCAUGCUUAUGAAACACCGCACUGUUCUGUAUGUCAGUAUUUUGUACCAAGACCACUAAUGGAGAAGAAAAAAAAUUUGCCGCUGACAUCUCAGCGUCUUGUAAAACGUGCAUAUUAUGCGAAGAUGAAUCCUGAAACGUAUAAUAUAAAUGAGGAUGAUGCUGCCUGUGAUGACCGAUUGUUUAAAUGCGCAAACUGUUUUGUAGUUGUACAUGAAGGUUGCUAUCCAAUCGGAAAUAUUCCUAAUGAUAUAACUCAGUGGAGAUGUGUACGUUGUAGGCAACGAGAUGAUUUGGCACUGCGUUCAGCAAGUUGUCACCUAUGCGAAUUGCGUGGGGGCGCUCUGAUACCUUGUGAAAAUAGUGAAGGGGAGUUUGUCCAUGUUAUUUGUGCGUUGUUAAAUCGUCGUACAGUUUUUUUGGAUCCAGUAAAACUAACAUCAGCAUAUACUUUACCACCACCAAAGUUUUGCGCGCCGAACAAGUAUCCAGAUCUUAUGAACAAGGAAUAUAUGGGAGCCUUCGGCGAAAAUUGUGAACGAGGCAAAUUUGAGUGCGAGUUUUGCUUGCAUUCGCGCGAAGGAUUAUUGAAAUGUCUUUCGUGCGAUGAUACACUCUUUCAUGCAACAUGUGGUCGUCUAGCAGGUGUUUCUUUCGAAUUCCGGAACUGGCCAGACCUUACCGUUGCUGUCUGUCCUGAACAUAAUGACGGUGAAGUAAAUACAUCAGCAGUAUCAGUUGGUGAUAACGUUCGUGUGUGUUUGGGUGACUCUGGUCGUUUACUGAAAGGAACGGUUUCCAGUAUUGAAUAUCAUGAUUGUUGUACGGUAAAUUUUAUGGAUCGUAACUGGAGUGAUGAUUUGCCAUCAGAAGAUAUUGUCGAAUGUGAAUGCUCCCGGUUUAAAUGCAAUGGAUGGCACGUGCCUGGAGCUAAAAUCAAGGUGAAAUGGGACGAUGGUUUAAUCUAUGAUGGUAUUUUUCGGAAUCGCUAUCAGCGUGCUGUUUAUACAGUUAAUUUAAACGCGAAACAAACACAGAAUCAUCCAGCGGUAGUACAGGUUGGACGAGAUGCAAUAUUUGCACGUGGUGAGAAGCCAAACAUUGUGUAA